AGUUGCCCGCUCUGUUAUCUUCAAAGAUAAGGCCCAAACUAAGCUUGUAUGGUCUACGAAUAGUUCCUCUAUACUACUAUUGUUCAGGUGCACUUUGUUGUUUCUCUUCUAAUGAAACUUCUCCAGAUACCCUGUUAGGAUUUCAAAGUCAGUAAGAAGAUUUCAUCCUCUGUAUAUCCAUGUUGAUGGUAGAGUGUGCAUAUAUCCAGCCAUUCAUAGAAGCAAGAAGUGGGCUUGUUCCUUCUGCAUGUAAUAAUGGCUUUAGAUGGACUGCCAAGAAUUCAAAGAGAGGGAAUGCUGAGAAACAACGUGAUCGUGAUAGCCUUUUUCUUGACAAGCGUGGUGUAUGGAGAAGCUUCAAUCCCAAAAAGCUGUCUAGGAGAAAGGGUGGUGCUCUAAGGGGACGGGGAUGGAAGUAUGGUUCUGGGUUCGUGGAUGGUGUCUUCCCUGUAAUGAGUCCCGCAGGUCAACAGAUUUUGGACUUAGUAGAGAAGGAAAUUGAUGCUACUGCAAUUUGGGGUUAUCUCAAUAAUAUUCCUCCUACACAUACCACAUGGGAUGACCUCAUUAAUGUCGCUGUUCAACUUCGCCUCAAUAAACAAUGGAAUUCGAUUGUGUUGGUGUGUGAAUGGAUACUUCAGAGGAGUUCCUUCCAACCUGAUGUCAUUUGUUACAAUUUACUCAUAGAUGCUUAUGGACGGAAGUCUCUGUGUAAGAAGGCAGAAUCUGCUUACUUAAGACUUCUGGAAGCUCGAUGUGUUCCUACAGAAGAUACUUAUGCUCUUCUAAUAUGGACUUACUGCACAUCUGGAUUGCUGGAGAAGGCAGAGGCAGUCUUUUCUGAGAUGCGAAAAUAUGGCCUUCCUUUAAGUGCAGUUGUGUACAAUGCUUAUAUUGAUGGGUUAGUGAAGGGAAGGAAUUCUCCAAAGGCAGUGGAGAUUUUUGAGAGGAUGAAGAAAGAUCACUGUCAGCCAUCUACAGAGACAUAUACGAUGUUGAUCAACUUAUAUGGAAAGGCAGGUAGAUCUUUUAUGGCUGAAAAGGUGUUCCAUGAAAUGAGAAGUAAAAAAUGCAAGACUAAUAUCUGCACAUACACUGCACUCAUAAAUGCAUUUGCAAGGGAAGGGCUUUGUGAGAAAGCUGAAGAGGCAUUUGAGGAGUUGCAAGAAGCUGGGCACGAGCCUGAUGUGUAUGCUUACAAUGCUCUAAUGGAGGCCUACAAUCGUGCAGGUUAUCCAUUUGGGGCUGCUGAGAUAUUCUCACUCAUGCAGCACAUGGGUUGUGAACCAGAUAGAGCUUCAUAUAACAUUAUGGUAGAUGCGUAUGGGAGAGCUGGUCUACAUGAGGAUGCACAAGCUGUAUUUGAGGAACUAAAACAGCUGGGGAUGACUCCAACUAUGAAAUCCCACAUGCUACUUUUGUCAGCAUACUCAAAAAUAGGAAACGUCUCAAAAUGUGAGGCAAUUGUGACCCAGAUGCAUAAAUUUGGCCUCGAGCCAGACACCUUCGUUUUGAACAGUAUGCUCAACACAUAUGGAAGGAUGGGUCAAUUUGAAAAAAUGGAAGAAGUAUUAAGUGCAAUGGAUAAGAGCCCAUAUGAAGCUGAUAUCAGCACAUACAACAUCUUGAUCAAUAUUUAUGGUCGGGCAGGCUUUUUUGAUAGAAUGGAAGAGUUGUUCCAAUCACUUCCCUCAAAAAACUUAAAACCUGAUGUUGUCACAUGGACUUCUAGGCUUGGAGCCUACUCUAGAAAGAAACUAUAUUUAAGAUGCAUGGAAAUCUUUGAAGAAAUGAUUGAUGCUGGUUGUUACCCUGAUGGUGGAACUGCCAAAGUCCUCCUUUCAGCAUGUUCAAGUGAGGAUCAGAUUGAACAGGUUACGACAGUACUUAGAACAAUGCACAAGGAGAUGAGGACACUUUUGCCUAUCUGAGGUUCUCCUG